AUGGCAACAAUCUUGGUUGACCCACGCAGGCAGAUUGACGCAAUUCAUCCGAACAUCUAUGGAAAUUUCAUCGAACACCUGCGGCGUUGUAUUUACGGCGGUAUCUAUGAAGAAGGCUCGCCGUUGUCGGACGAGAGGGGCUUUCGGCGGGAUGUGCUUGCAGCUAUCAAGUCGUUAAAGGUGCCAAACAUCCGUUGGCCCGGUGGGAACUUUGUCUCAGCGUAUCACUGGAUGGAUGGUAUCGGUCCGAAGGAUGAACGUCCACGCAAAAUGGAGUUGGCGUGGAAUACGGUCGAAUCGAACCGUUUUGGGACAGAUGAGUUUAUCCAAUUUUGCCGUGAAGUCGGGACAGAACCCUAUAUCUGCGUCAACAUGGGAAACGGCACAAUGGACGAGGCACAGCAUUGGGUGGAAUACUGCAAUGGGGUGGAGGACACCUACUAUGCCAACCUCCGUCGGAAAAACGGUCACGACGAACCGUAUGAUGUGAAAUAUUGGGCACUGGGCAACGAGGUUUCAGGACACUGGAAGAUUGGACACAAGCCAGCGGAGGAAUAUGCUGCCCUUGCGUACGAAUACGCAAAAGUGAUGAAACUGGUUGAUAAAAAUAUCGAACUGGCUGCCUGCGGUUCAUUCGAGCAAAAUGCCUCCGAUAUGAAAUGGAAUCAGGUGGUGGUCGAAAAACUGGCGGACAUCGCUGAUUACCUCGCUAUCCACAUGUACGUUGGCGAUUGGUAUGGUGGUUAUUACGAGUACAUGGCCGCAUCUGAGCAUAUUGAGAAAUUCAUCCGCGCCGCUCGUGGGAUCAUCGAUGUUGGGGUAUAUUAUUCCGAAAGUGGAAAGAAACUUAAAAUCGCUUUCGAUGAAUGGAAUGUGAUGUACAGCCACGAUCCUGAGCAUCCGCGACAUGAACGAUAUACAUUGCAGGAUGCCCUAGCGGUCGGGAUGUUCCUCAACGCGUUCCUCCGUCAUGCGGACGCUAUCAAGUUAGCGAAUAUGGCGCAGUUGGUCAAUGUCAUUGCACCGAUCCACACAAACACAGAAGGGCUGUUUUUGCAGACAAUCUUCUGGCCCCUGCAACUGCACACCCUCGAAAAUGGAACGAUUGCCCUCGAUGCACACUGGGAUUCGGACUGUUUUGAAACGGAACAACACGGCAAAGUUCCAUACCUUGAUGCCUCUGCGAGCUAUCAGCCAGAUCUCGGACGCAUCUCGAUUAACCUGAUUAACAGGCAUCGGACGGAUGCGCUGCCGGUCGUAAUCGAAAAUCAACAUGGGAAUCUCAAGAGCGAUGGCACCCUGUUUGAAAUUACCGGCGAAGAUCCAAUCGUGAUGAACGGCUUUGGUGAAGAAAAUGUAAAAUUGGUGAAACGGGAAUUGGAGUGCCCAUCUAAUCCGUUCACAGUUACAUUGCCGCCGCACUCAAUCUCAAUGGUGCAGAUAUACCUUGGGUGA